AACUGACAUCAUAUCUAUUAAUAUAUUUUCUAUAUCAUGUGUUAUUCACUGGAACAUUGAGCAUGCGCUGUAGCCAGAACAGUUAUGAAACUAUUUAUUGCAUUGGUAGAACUGUACCCUGGAAAGAAAACCCUAGACAGUUUAAUUUACAUUUUGAGAGACCACCCGUGGGAUUUAACGACACUGUCAACGUCCCUGUUUCAAAUAUGUCCAAGAACUCCAUCCACUGGUUCCGGAAAGGACUGCGUCUCCAUGACAACCCGGCUCUGCUGGAGGCGGUGCGGGAUUCAGACACGGUGCGCUGUGUCUACUUCCUGGACCCCUGGUUCGCUGGCUCCUCCAACCUGGGGGUCAACCGGUGGAGGUUAUUUCGCUUUGACACUGACAGCUUGGCUCCAGCUGUGUGGCCUGGAGGAGAGAGUGAAGCUCUCACCAGGACAUGGCAGAUGAAUUUUGAGCGUCCCAGGAACACCGCCAGCCCCCUGCUCCCCAGUCCCCUGGGUCUCAGCCCCUACCUCCGCUUUGGAUGUCUGUCCUGUCGACUCUUCUACAGCAAACUGGCAGAGCUGUACAAGGAGGUGAACAACAGUCCUCCCAUCUCCCUCUACGACAAGCUGCUGUGGCGUGAGUUCUUCUAUACUGCUGCCACUAACAACCCUCGUUUCGACAAGAUGGAGGGCAACCCCAUCUGUAUCCGCAUCCCCUGGGACCGCAACGCAGAGGCGCUGGCCAAGUGGGCCGAGGCCAAGACGGGCUUCCCCUGGAUCGACGCCAUCAUGACCCAGCUGAGGCAGGAAGGAUGGAUCCACCACCUGGCCAGACACUCUGUGGCCUGCUUCCUCACCAGAGGAGACCUGUGGAUCAGCUGGGAGGAGGGGGUGAAGGUGUUUGAGGAGCUGCUCCUGGAUGCAGACUGGAGUGUGAAUGCAGGCAGCUGGCUGUGUCACUCCUGCAGUUCCUUCUUCCAGCAGUUCUUCCACUGCUACUGUCCUGUGGGCUUCGGACGAAAAAUAGAUCCAGAAGGAGACUUCAUCAGGCGAUACUUACCUGUCCUGAAAGACAUGCCAGACAAGUACAUCUACGACCCUUGGAACGCCCCCAUAGAGGUGCAGUCGGCGGCCAGGUGUGUGGUCGGCGUGGACUACCCCAAACCCAUGGUGAACCAUGCAGAGGCCAGCCGACUCAACAUAGAGAGGAUGAGACAAAUCUACCAGCAGCUGUCCAGAUACAGAGGACUCGGCUUACUAGCUGCUGUGCCAAACAGUCCUAUUGAGGGUCUGAAUGUGAAUGCGGUCAAGCCGCUGACGUCGCCCACUACUGGUAGAAAACACAGCCAUCAUGGCCGUGGUAGAGAAAACAGAAGUGUAAUAGUGAACGGUGAGGAGCAGAUGGGACCCAGGGCAGUUAGACCACGACCUGGACCAAUAUACACUCAGAAUAAGACUCGACACGGCUGUGGAAUGGCGCACACAGAACAGGCCCAAUCGUCCAAUCAGGAACUCUGUCAGACAGGAUGUGCCCAUGACUUUGCUGUGCCUCAGUAUCCAGGUUAUCUGGUCCGGGGCCAGGCCGGGUGCAGGUCUAGGAAGAGGAGACUGGAGUUGGAACAGGAAGUGGUCGGAGACAACGACUCUCUGUCUUACGCCUUCAAGUUGCAGCGACACAAUAAACAGAAGGGUACGGGUCAGCAGGAUGAGAGGAUGGCUGUGUCUUCAUAAGCUGCUGCCGUCAUAAUGGAUAUUAUUAUACAUACUGUACAUAAUGUUUAAAUAAAUAUUUUACAUUUUUGUAUCAAGGAAAAGCCUCUGUUCCUGUAUGAGAUGUGACAUGAAAGUCCCUGAGUCUUAGUUUUCAGAUUUGUGAUCUCAAAAAUGUAUUAUUUAAAUUUGAAAAAAUGUUGGCAUCUAAUUUUUGAGCCCAAGGUUAGGACUCUAAAUUCCUCACAUAGGUUGAACAUAACUGAUGAUGUAAAUGUCAGUAAGACUAGCUUUACUUCUGUACUGUAUGUGUGAAACAGCCUGAUAGCCUGAAGACAAAUUCCAUCUGGAAUUAUUCUGACAGAGCAGACAGACGAAUAAUAUAACCAUUUCACAGAAGACCUGAUAUUUAGAUCUGGAUCACCCAUUACCUUUGACCUCUAACCCUGAGGAUCGCAGCAAGUGGAUUGGUCAAAUCAAACCAGCUGCUCUCUGUAGCGAAAGUGUGUGUUAUAGCAUAUGGCUGUCCAUGUUACUUAAUUUCUGCUAAAAUGGAGGGUGAAGAAUGAAUGCUAUUCUGGGUAUAGAAUAUGAAGUGCCAAGAUGAGGUCAGUGGUACUUCUAUUGGUAGACCAGUGUCCUAUACUAGACAGUAUUAGACACAGCAGUAAUGUUCCAUCUAUCCAGCAGUCCAGCCGUUGACAAACCUUAGAUUCACCAGAUUCUGAAAUAUGUAUUACCAUUACAUUCCUUUAUACUGUUUUCCAGUGUAAUGUCAACUCGCUCAAAUGUAAUAUCAGUGACCAGCAGGCAGGACGUCAAUCUUCAGUUUGAAAAUGCUAGUGUAUGUUAUGGUGUCAAAUAUCAUGCAGCUUAUGUUUCCAUAAAUAACAGUGUUGCUUUUGUACAUGUUUUCUUCCCUCUGGCACUUUGUAUGGCUGCUUUUGUUUUUACAGAAUUACCAAAAUAGCCUUCAGAUAUACAUGUUCAAAUAAUGUUUUGUAUAUACAGUAAACCUCUCUCUGCUUGUCUAUGUAGACUAAUCUAUUUCAACUGAAAUUAAAUGGUUGAAACAACUCUA